CUCGAGGCUUUCAUAUGUCCUCUACAUCUGAGACCGAGGCGGCGGCAGCUGUGAACUACGAGAACUUCCUGCAAGCAGACUACUUCAGCCUCUCUGCACGAGUUCUCUUCUUAUGGGACUACUGCGUGACCUUUGAUGACGAAGUUCACUGGAUCUGGAGUCAGAAGAUGAACCCGGCGACGAUGCUUUUCAUAGCAAAUCGCUAUGUCAACCUUCUAAUCACGAUUCUUGAGCUACUGGAGCAGGCUUCCUUUCAAGAUGCCAAGAGCUGUGGAGCUUUUAUUCGUAUACUACAGUCUCUGCUCGUCGUCGCAUUGCUCAUUUUUUCAGCAUUUACCACCUUACGUGUAUAUGCCAUUUGGGGCCGUGACUGGAGGCCAGCCUUGCCGGUGCUGGCGUUAUCUCUCGUGUCUCCUGUCUUAAACAUCAUCAUAGAUGUUCAUAAGAAUACCCAGACUGCGCCAUCGCCGACUUUUGGCUGCGCAGUGAGCAUACAGCGGAUGACAAGCGCAUCGUAUAGCAAGUUUAUAAUCGCAAAUCGUGCAACCACUAUUGCCUAUGAUGGCCUUGCCCUUCUCCUUACACUUCUCAAAACAAUGCAAGUCAAGGAACGAGCGUUGAAAAUGAGGAUCAAAGGUGGCCUAAGCGAAGUUCUUGUCAAAGACGACUCCCUCUAUUUCCUCAUAUUGCUCGUUGUUAAUCUAGCCCAGAUUGUGGUGGCUUCUCAGGUAUCAGUAGGUAUCUCAAGAGCUGUCAUGAAUGUUCACUGACCUCAACGCUCAUCUCGCGCUUCUUCUUGGACCUACGACGAGCCGC